AUGGGGUUCGAGCUGCCUUUGUCUGUGGGCUCGAUCGCGCUCUUCGUCUUCGUCUUCGGGCUCGGCCUCGUGCCCGUCUUCUGGGUCCAGGCGGCCGUCUCGGCCCUCGAGGCCCUGGUGGUCUGGGCCAUCGUGCAGCGCAGCGACUGGGACGCUCUCGCGCGUGAGGCUCAGGAGCGCCAGGGACAGCCGGCCCGCGCGGAGGACGAGGCCGCGGAGGAGCGGCGCCCGCCGGGCGCCUGCAGCGAGAUCUCCCUGCAGGAGGCGCCCGCCGCGGGCGCGGGCGCGGGCCCCGCGGCCGCCGGCAGCGCCAAGGGCUCCGACAGCACCUGCGACCCGGAGCCCUUUAGCAGCCCCUGGCCAAGCACGGCGGAGGCCGCGUGA